AUGGCAUCAAUUAAAAGAGAACGUUGCGUUAACUGGAAAAGUGAAGAAAAACAUCUUUUAAAGAAUAUUGUCCAAGAUUAUUUACACAUUAUAGAAAAUAAAGACCUUAGUACAAACACUAACAAAUCAAAGUUAAAUGCAUGGCUGCAAAUAACGGAGAGGUUCAAUGCUGCCAAUGUUAGAAGAAGGGACAAAAAACAAUUGAUGAACCAGUGGAAGUUGGCCAAAAUAAAUUGUAAGAAGCAAAUGUCCCAGUUGAGAAGAGAAUUAAAUAAAACUGGAGGUGGUCCUAAACCACCAUCUCCUUCUCCUGAGGUAUUGGAGAUAGCAGAAAUGAUUCCCCUUGAGUUGGAAGUGGAUUACAAUGAAUUUGACAGUGAUGGUGUAAAGGAAUCUGUAGUGGCCCAGAAUGUUGAAGUAGAAGAAUUAAAUUACCCUACUACUUCAUCUGUGGAAUCUGCAGUGGCCCAGAACAUUGAAGUAGAAGAUUUAAAUUAUCCUUGUACUUCAUUUGUGAUAAAACAUCAUGACAUUGAAGAAGCUAGAAUGGCUAAAUCAAUACCAACACCUAAGCGAGCUACAAAUAAAACAUUGGUAUGA